AUGACAGACAACACAACUUCACGUGAAAAGAAAUGGAAACUGCGUAGACUUGCUGAGGACAACUGUGCUAUAAAACAAUUCUCGUUUAUGAAUUAUAUCGUAGAGCAGCAGUGGAAAUCACCACAUCCAAUACAUCAACUGUGGUUUGGUCUAACAUGUAGCUGUGGUCACGUAUACGACACUGCACCAAAGAGACAAAUCGAUUUGCACACACAAAAUCAUGUGAUGCGUGGACGCAGAAAUUGGACGUCAUCGAUUCUGGACCAAAGCGACACACGCACGACUCGCCAUGGAGACUGUCUCAGACUGUGCACUUACAACGCGAGAACAGUGUCCACAGACGCUGACCUGCAUGCCCUUCUCGGAGCUGCAGAGCGUAUCAAAUUUCACGUGAUUGCUCUGCAGGAGACCAAGUGUAGAAAGAGCGACGUACGACAGAUGAAUGACGGUACACUCGUCAUUCGUGGAAAGAAGGUUCCAUCGCGAAAUGUAGGCGGUGUUGGUUCUGUUGUGCACCCAUCUGUCGUCCACCUUGUCGAUUCUAACGAGAUCCUGUCACCUCGUCUGGCCAUUCUUCACCUCCGCCCUCUGCGCCAAAAACCCAUCAGUAUCAUCAACUGCUACUCACCAUCAUCAGCAGCUGAUGAAUCUGAAUUGGACGCGUUUUACGAGGAGUUGGAAGAGGUAAUCCGCAACAAGAAGUCCUUCUAUAAAUUCGUUGUCGGAGACUUCAACGCAAAACUAGGAAAGGACACAGAGGAGGAAUACAGGAUUGGAAGAUUUGGACUAGGGGACCGAAAUGAAAAUGGCAAUCGUUUCGCCGGGCUGUUGUCCGCCGCUCGCCUCUUUCAUGGGAACUCUCUUUUCAUGAAAAAAGAUCGUCGUCGGUGGACAUGA